CCCCAGCCCCGCCCCUUCCCCGAGGCGGCUGCCGCUCGCCGGGAGAGCAGCGCCAGGCGGGGGAGCUCGCGCGCCAGAAGCCAGGCUCAGGCAACGGCGACUGGGCAGCUUCCAUCUCUACUGCUUUCUGCUUCCCCAACAUGGCAGCGGUGGCGGGAGGCGACACCAGGGCUCCCGGGCCGAGCCUGUCAGGGCCGCACGGCAGCAGGGACCGGACCGUGUUCCUGUUCGACCGGCGCCGGGAGCAGGGGGACCCCAAGGAGAAAGUGCUGAGCUGCGACGAGGAGACCUACCGCGGCUUCCGCAGCGCCGUGUGCCAGGCAUUCUGCAUUUCUGCUGAAGAUAACUUUGUUAUCACAACAACCAAUAGAAAAGAGGUUACAGAUGACAACUUCAGUGAAAUUGUUCAAGAAGGGGUUACUUUGUAUUUGCUACAGUCAGUUGAUCAGACACUACUUUCAGCAACAAAGGAGCGAAUUGACUUCCUACCACACUAUGACACACUUAUCAAAAGUGGCAUGUAUGAAUAUUAUGCUAGUGAAGGGCAAAAUCCUUUGCCAUUUGCCUUUGCUGAGUUGAUUGACAAUUCUUUGUCAGCUACUUCUCGAAAUACUGGUAUUCGAAGCAUACAGAUAAAAUUGUUAUUUGAUGAGUCUCAAGGAAAACCAGCUGUUGCUGUGAUUGAUAAUGGAAGAGGGAUGACUUCUAAGCAGCUUAACAACUGGGCUGUGUAUAGAUUAUCAAAAUUUACAAGACAAGGUGACUUUGAAAGUGAUCAUUCAGGAUAUGUACGCCCUCCUCCAGUGCCUCGCAGCUUAAAUAGUGACAUCUCAUAUUUUGGUGUUGGAGGCAAACAAGCUGUGUUCUUCAUUGGGCAGUCUGCCAGAAUGAUAAGCAAACCUGCAGAUUCUCAUGAUGUCCAUGAGCUUUUCCUUUCUAAAGAGGAUUUUGAAAAGAAGGAGAAAAACAAAGAAGCAAUAUACAGUGGAUACAUUAGAAACAGAAAGCCAUCUGACUCUGCGCAUAUCACCAGUGAUGAUGAACGAUUUCUACACAAUCUCAUAAUGGAAGAAAGGGACAAGAAGAGUUUCACUGCGGUUGUCGUUACAGGUGUACAACCAGAUCACAUGCAGUACUUGAAAAACUAUUUUAAUCUUUGGACAAGACAAUUGGCACAUAUCUAUCAUUACUAUAUCCAUGGACCAAAAGGAAAUGAAACUAAUGCUACAAUGAAAGAAGCUGGACCUUUCAACAACAUUGAUAUUGAGAUUUUGAUGUUUGAAAAAGGAAAGGUACCUAGGAUGGUCAACCUUAGAGAGAUCAAAGAUGACAUGCAGACAUUAUAUAUAAAUUCUGCGGCAGAUAGCUUUGAGUUUAAGUCACAUGUUGAAGGAGAAGGUAUAGUGGAGGGCAUCAUCCGCUACCAUCCUUUCUUAUAUGAUAAAGAAACAUAUCCUGAUGAUCCAUGCUUUCCAUCACGAUUAAAAGAUGAUGAUGACGAUGAUGACUGCUUUGUGGUAGAAAAAGGGGCCAGGGGAAAAAGGCAUAUUUUUGAAUGUUUUUGGAAUGGAAGGUUAAUACCAUACACAAGUGUAGAAGAUUUUGACUGGUGUGCUCCUCCCAAGAAGAGAGGACUUGCACCAAUUGAAUGCUACAAUCGAAUUUCUGGCGCAUUAUUUACCAAUGAUAAGUUUCAGGUCAGCACAAACAAGCUUACUUUCAUGGACCUGGAACUGAAGUUAAAAGAAAAAAACACUCUUUUUACAAGAGUCUUCAAUGGACAGGAGCAGCGAAUGAAAAUUGACAGAGAAUUUGCUUUGUGGCUCAAAGACUGCCAUGAGAAAUAUGACAAACAGAUAAAAUUCACACUGUUUAAAGAAAUAAUUACACGUACUGACUUGACCUCCAAAAGAAUGCAAAGUCCUUGGGCUACAUAUUCUGCAAUAGAGUGGGAUGGGAAAACAUACAGAACUGGACAGUUGGUGAAAACAAUUAAAACUCUUCCAAUAUUUUAUGGAAGUAUCUUGAAAUUUUUUCUAUAUGGAGAUCAUGAUGGGGAUGUGUAUGCUACAGGAGGAGAGGUUCAACUUGCUCUGGAACCGCAAGCAUUGUAUGAUGAAAUAAAAAUUAUUCCAAUCUCAAAACUUGACAGAGCAAUGUCUGAAAAAGUUGUUAAAAAAUACAUUGAAGAUGAAAUGGCAAGACUUCCUGAUAGAUUGUCAGUAACAUGGCCUGAAGGAGAUGAGCUGUUACCAAAUGAGAUCAAGCUUGCUGGUACACCAAUAGGAGCAUUAAGAAUUGAAAUAUUGAAUAAGAAAGGAGAGGCAAUGCAAAAACUUCCAGGUACAAGCCAUGGAGGGUCAAAGAAACUGCUUGUUGAACUAAAGGUUAUUUUGCACUCUCCUGUUGGGAAUAAGGAAAUCAUUUCUCACAUUAGUCAACAUGGGGGUAAAUGGCCUUACUGGUUUAAAAAAAUGGAAAAUAUUCACAAACUUGGGAGCUACACACUGAAACUGCAAGUCGUGUUGAAUGAAAGUAAUGCAGACACUUAUGCAGGAAGGCCUCUACCAUCUAAAAUGUUUAAAUUUAAUAUUGUAGAGGGGAAACCAGAAAAAUUUUCAGUGAGUCUUUUGGAUCCUCCAUUUCGAGUUGGAGUACCUUUUAAUAUUCCUUUGGACUUGCAGGAUGAAUUUGGUCAUCCCACACAGCUGGCAACUGAUAUUGAGCCAAUUCUUGAAGCUAGUGGUUUGACUUUACAAUAUGAAGAAAUAAGUAAAGGAACAAACUGCGUCAUUAAGGGUGUCACUGCUAAAGGCCACGUAAACAACUACCUGGGCAAGAAUUUCAAUCUGAAGGUUAUUCUUCCUGGUUUGAAAGAAGACUCUCAGAUCUUGAAAAUAAGAUUACUGCCUGGCCCUCCUCGUCAAUUGAAAGUGAAACCGGAUUCUGAAAUUCUAAAGAUUGAAAAUGGGACAUCUUUCCCCUUUCAGGUUGAAGUGUUGGAUGAAGCAGGAAAUAUAACAGCACAACCAAAACUGAUAGUUCAUUGUAAGAGUUGUAAAGAUGUGCCACCAGUGGAAAAGACUAUUAAACUGCUCCCCAGUAGCCAUGUUGCAAGACUGCAGAUUUUUAGUGUAGAAGGACAAAAGGCUAUUCAAAUCAAACACCAGGAUGAAAUUAACUGGAUUGCAGGGGAUGUCAUGCACAACCUUAUCUUUCAAAUGUAUGAUGAAGGAGAAAGAGAGAUCAUCAUAACUUCAGCUCUAGCAGAAAAAAUUAAGGUUAACUGGACACCCAGGAUUAACAGAGAGCAAAUGAUUCAGGGACUACUGCCUGAUGUCAAAGUACCAACAUCUGUAAAAGAUGUGCGUUAUUGCCUAAUUACAUUCCAUGAUGACCAUGUAUCUUUGGAGAGUGCAUUUACAGUCAGACCACUUCCUGAUGAGCCUAAACAUAUUAAAUGCAAAUUAAAAGGACCAAAUACAUUACAGAUGGGUGAAGAGCUAGAAAGUGAAAUUGAUGUGAUGGUUACAGACCAGUAUGGGAAUCAGAUUCAGACCCUCUCCGCCUCUUGCAUAAAUUCCUUAGGAGUUUCUGGGAAUGGGCUGGAUAAAUCAAAUUUGAAAACUACGUGGCAAGAAAGUACACAAACCAUGGCAGUCAAAGGUAUUAGGUUUUAUCCAGGUCCUCCUGGAAGUAAAGAAUUGUGUUUUGCUUGGCGUGAAUUUUCUGAUUUUCUCAGAGUAAAUUUGACUUCAGGACCUCCAGUUAAACUACACCUUAUGGAUUGGCCAGAAUUAGGGGAGCCUAUUGCAGUAAUUAAUGGCAGAGAACUGCAGAAGCCUCUGAUAGUUCAGCUCUGUGAUCAGUGGGAAAAUCCAUCUCCUGAACCAAAUGUCAAAAUCAGUCUUGUAAAGGCUAGCAACUUAAAGAUCAUUCCUUCAAGCCAACAACAUAAAACAGAUGAAAAUGGUAGGGCUAAUCUGGGAGUAAUUAGUAUUCAUGCACCCAGGGGAGAGCAUACGUUACAGCUUAAAGCCUCAUACAACAGGAACACAUUAGAUUGCCCUAUAAUCAAGUUCAAUGUCCUGCCUGACCCUGAGAAACCAGUGUGUUUGAAUGUUAAGUAUGACAAAAAUGCUUCUUUUGCAGCAGGAAGUACCUUCCCUGAUUUUAUGGUUAGUGUAAUUUCUGAAGAUAGCAACAUUAUUAAAAAUAUUAAUCCAGGACGGGUUUCUAUGAAAAUGUGGGAAGGACAGAGCAGUGGAAACAGAGUACCAGCUAAUGUUACAACUCUUGGCUGUAGUAAAGUCAAGGAUGGCAAGGAUGAGGGCUUCUUUUACUUCAGGGAUAAAAUGGUUCCAGAGAGAGUGGGAACUUACAGCAUCCAGUUUGCUUUUGCGAUUGAUAAGACAAAUAUACUCAGCAGUGAACAGAUUGUAAUUGAAGUGGUAGCUAAUGAUCCAGUGCAGUUGCUACCAGAAUCUGUACCAGCUACUCCUGUAGUUUCUAAUGUUCGAACAGUUGCCAGCCGGACUCUGAUAAAGGAUUUAUGCCUCCAUAUAAAGGAUGAAUACAACAACCGUACAGGAAAUGAUUUGGUUGGCAAGAUAGUAGCUGCAAUUAAGAGUUCCAGUGAAGAAGAUACAGAGAUCCCAGUCUUUCAGGGGAAAGUUAAAACAAUUGAGUUUCCAUUUAACAGAGGAUCUGCUGAAAUCGUUAAUCUAGUGCUGGCAGAAAACAGCCCUGGAAGAGAUAGCACUGAAUAUAUUCUUGAAUUUGAGGCAGACUUACCAGCUUUGGCAAAACCUCUGGAACCAUACCGUCUAUCAUUUAUGUUUUACAAUGAUUUUAAGAAACAGCAGCAGAUGGCGACGCUUACAAGAGAGAGAGACGAACUAUCUAAGUCAAUAGCUUUAUACAGAAAUAUGUUUGAUACCACUGAGCAGCUUAUUACUGAAAUGAAAUAUCAGGUCCAGGAAGCUGAAACAAGACAGUCUCACCUGAAGAAUGAACUGAAAAAGCAUCAAAUUGAUAUUCCACAGACAAGCAUAUUGCAAUAUGUUGAUUCUUUCAUAAAACAAAAGAUGUUGGAGCAAGAAGGAGUAAAGAAAUCUCCAAGAAGAGCAUGUACCCUUUCAAACUAUCCCAAAGACAAUCAGGAUAUUUUAGGGAAGAUUGCACAUUUAGCACAGAUUGAGGAUGACAAAGCAGCGAAGGUCAUCUCUUGGCAUAUGGCUAGUGAUAUGGACUGUGUAGUCACCCUAACUACUGCUGCUGCUCGUCGUAUCUUUGAUGAAACCCAGGGUCGACAGCAAGUCUUGCCUCUUGAUUCUGUUUACAAGAAGACUCUCCCGGAUUGGAACAGGACUUUACCUCACUUACGAAAUGGAAGAAAUCACUUCAGACCUAUUGGAAACCCUGUAUUUGCCAGAGAUUUGUUAACAUUUCCAGAGAAUGUAGAGCAUUGUCAGAUAGUGUUCGGGAUGCUCUUAGGUGACACCAUCAUUAUUGACAAUUUGGAUGCUGCCAAUCAUUACAGAAAGGAGGUUGUAAAAAUCACACAUUGCCCAACAUUACUGACUAGGGAAGGAGAUAGAAUUCGCAGCAAUGGAAAGUUUGGAGGCCUUCAAAAUAAAGCUCCUCCAAUGGACAAACUCAGAGGAAUGGUAUUUGGAGCACCAAUGCCAAAACUUUACAGUACUCUUUCUGGACAGAUAGAUCUUCUUCAGCAAUACCGUACAGCAGUGGUCAAACUGCAUAGUGUUAAUCAGGAUCUUCAUUUACAAUUACAGUCCCUUAAUACUCCAGAGAUGCAAAAGAGAAAACAGGAGCUUGCUGAACAAGAGAAAAGUCUCAAGCUAAUAGAGGAGAAACUGGGCAUGACCCCAUCAGGUAAAGGCACUGAAUCAUUACUUCCGCUAGAAGCACUUGAUAUGUCUGACAGUCCCACUCCUCCCAAAAGAAUGAGAAGAUAAACAUUAAAAAAGGUAUAUAGUUCAGAAGAAUAUCGCCUCUCCUAUGAAGAAGCAGCAGCAGCCAGUGCAAACCUCCAUAUCAGAAUUGAGUGGGACCCUACAGAAGGGAAAGACAUAGACCAAUCAGAUUUGAUGGAAAGUAAUUGUGUAUUGAAAAAUGUAAAUAAGCUCUAAUUUUUUGUAAAGUUAAUUUUUAUUUCUAUAAAAGCUUCCAGAGUUUUUAGUUUCUUGAAUGUGGAAAAGCUUUAAAAUAUACCUUUGUUUAUUUAUGCAAUAAAAUUGCUGCAAUACAAAGAGCACUGCAAAUACAAUAUAUUGUGGUGAUUUAAGGCUGCAGUAAAUGUAAUGAAAUAUGAUUUUCAUUUUGAAAGUGUCUUAAUAUGUCUUGGAUAAGAGGUAAUUCUAGAUUGCCCUGUUCAAGUAGAUGAAGGAAGUAAUAAUUCUAAGGCAAAAAUUAUAUGGAUAGAGCAACAGUACAUUGAGAUCCAACCAAAGCAGAGUCCUUAGGCAGUUGACUUCAAGCCAAAGUCUAAGGUUCUGUCCAAGGAGUGGAAACCAAGGGUUUGUGUACCUCAGAUGAUAUCAACAGAAGCGGCAAGGUUUGUCUUUAGCCACUAGACCUAGAACUUACGUUGAUAGAAGGCUGUAUUUCCAUAGUAUGGCUUGACAAAGUGAGAGACUUUAUGGGUGCCUGUAAGAAUCUUCUAUACAUAAAGCUGGAAAUUACAUUGCUGGUUGUGAUCGCCAGGCAUUUUUUUGUUGUGAUACUGUACUGAUAUAAACUAUUAUUAUUUGCUUUACUGCAGCCCCUAUAAUGUGCUAUUUGCUUUCUGUGCAAAUAGGAAUACAGUUCCUGCUCCAAAAAGCAAACAGUACAUGAUAAGCAAUAGACAGUGGGUGGUGAAGAGAGAGACAAUAUACAAUGAAAGGAUUUUUUCAGAUUGUCAGCUGUUCCCAAUUAUCUGUCUAUGUAGCCAUUGUUAGUUAGCCAGUUUCUUUUCAGCAUCAUGAUGAGAGAGGGAUGGGAGGCUGUAUUUGUAGGAAGAGAGGGUAGUGGCCUUACAAAUUCUGAGUUGAGAUCCAGUGCAUGAGAAAUGACAUGGAAGAAAGCACAAAGACAGUUGUAAGAGAAGCACACAAACAGGUCUUCAAGUCCAGUCCCCUGCCUUCACUAGCAGGACCAAGUACUGAUUUUGCCCUAGAUCCCUAAAUGGCCCCCUCAAGGAUUGAACUCACAACCCUGGUUUAGCAGGCCAAUGCUCAAACCACUGAGCGAGCCACUGAAUAGGGCAAGCCAGAGAUAUGAAGGAGCUUGAAAGUGAGAACCAGGAGCUUGAAUUUGGAACAGUUGGAAAGUAGCCAGUAGAGGUAAUUGAAUGGGGGAAGACACAGAGGCGAGGAAGAAGAUCAUAGCAGCUGAAUUUCCUAUGGACUGGUGGGGGACAAUGAGUGUCAGAGGCCUGAGAGAAACAGGUUACAGUAAUCAAAAUAGGAUAUAGUGAAUGCCUGGAGAAAAAUUGUACAUAUGAAGACAGAAGUUAACAUUUUGAAAGUGCGUAAGCCUUACUGACUUUCACUAAAUCACUUAGCUGCUCUUGAAAAUUUUACACUGAAAACUUCGGAACUUAAAAAUGUUUUGGAGGACGAAUUAAGAUUUGGGCAUGCCUUGGAUGUGUGAGGCAAAGGAAGGGGAGGAGUCAAAGAUGACCUCCAAGUUCUUCAGUUGAGUCACAUGGAUGGUGGUCAUGUGGUCAAUAUGACAAAAUCAGGAGUGGUGGGGGACAUGAGUUCAGUUUUGGCCAAACUGAGUUUAAAUAAUUGGAGACAGGCUGAAGGAUACAGAUCAAGAGUGGAAAGGUAGAUUUGUGAGUCAGUGUAACUGUAUGAUGAAGAUUUAGAUGAAGCCAUGUGAGCAGAUGAGAUCACCUAAAAGAAAGGAUGUUGAAGGGAGUGAAAGGAUCAAGAAUGGGGUCCUGUGGGUUACACAAGCCUCAACAAAUCCAUUCCUGAGGUCAAACUUGAUAUUGAGAACCCAGGUUUCUUCAUUACCCAUGGCAGUCUUCAGACUGAGACAUUGGAGACAUUUAUUUAUUCUCACUCAGCAACAAGGAAGUUAGAUAGCUUUUUAGGCUGAAGCAUACUGUGCAACGCUAUCCAGGAGAGUAACAUUUGCUCUCUUUCUUAGCUGAACUAGCGUAAGUUGGGAACAAAAUGAGCAACUUCAGGAAAAGCACCCUUUUCAAUGAUCAUGGAGAAUGCUGGUCAGUGGUGGACAUUUUCUGAGUGACAUUUCUAAUU